GCGUGUCACUGCAGGAACGCCCGGGGGGAAGGUGGCGGUGUCGCCGGAGGACUGCAAGGUUGUCGCGAGGUUUACCGCUUGAUUGACAGGCGGCAGCGAAGAGUAUUGAGUGGCAGUCUCACGUUCUCACCAGUAACUGCAGUACAGUCGGUGCCGGGGGCGGGGGGGAGAUUAAACAAUGACCACGGUGGAGGAGUUGUACCGUAACUACGGCAUUCUGGCGGACGCCACGGAGAAUGUGGGCCAGUACAAAGAUGCAUAUCAGGGCAUUCUUGAUGGUGUGAAGAGUGGUGCCAAAGAGAAAAGAUUGGCAGCGCAGUUUAUUCCCAAGUUCUUCAAACAUUUUCCUGAGUUGGCAGAUAGUGCUAUCAAUGCCCAGUUGGAUCUCUGUGAGGAUGAAGAUCUUUCCAUUCGUCGUCAAGCCAUUAAAGAACUGCCUCAGUUUGCAACAGGUGAAAACCUACCAAGAGUUGCAGAUAUAUUAACACAGCUUUUACAAACUGAUGAUAGUGCGGAGUUCAAUUUGGUUAAUAAUGCAUUAAUAUGUAUAUUCAAGAUUGAUGCCAAAGGAACCUUAGGUGGUCUUUUCACACAGAUAAUACAAGGGGAGGAUAUUGUGCGAGAGCGUGCGAUAAAGUUCCUUUCUACAAAACUGAAGGUAGUACCAGAGGAAGUUAUGACCAAAGAAGUAGAAGAAUACAUUUUUGUGGAGUCCAAAAAGGUACUGGAUGAUGUGACAGGAGAGGAGUUUGUUUUAUUCAUGAAGAUUCUGUCCAGCCUUAAGAAUCUUCAGACAGUAAGUGGUCGACAACAGCUGGUGGAGCUGGUGGCUGAACAGGCAGAUUUAGAGCAGGUGUUUAAUCCUGCAGAUCCAGAUUCUGUGGACAGACUACUACAGUGCACAAGACAGGCAGUUCCACUUUUUUCGAAAAAUGUCCAUUCAACCAGAUUUGUCACCUAUUUUUGUGAACAAGUACUACCAAACCUCAGCUCUCUUACCAGCCCAGUAGAAGGUCUUGACAUUCAGUUGGAGGUUUUAAAGUUGCUGGGAGAAAUGACACCUUUCUGUGGUGAUAUGGAAAAGUUAGAAAGUAACUUAAAACAGUUAUUUGAAAAAUUGCUGGAAUAUAUGCCAUUACCUCCAGAAGAAGCAGAAAAUGGUGAAAACGCAGGCAAUGAGGAGCCAAAGCUACAGUUCAGCUAUGUUGAAUGUCUGUUAUUUGGCUUUCAUCAACUUGGAAAGAAGCUUCCUGAUUUCCUCACAGCUAAACUCAAUGCAGAUCGACUGAAGGAUUUCAAAAUAAGAUUACAGUAUUUUGCAAGAGGUUUACAAGUUUAUAUCAGACAACUACGUCUUGCUUUACAAGGAAAAACAGGUGAAGCUUUGAAAACAGAAGAGAACAAAAUUAAAGUUGUUGCAUUGAAGAUAACCAAUAACAUUAAUGUUCUCAUCAAGGAUCUGUUCCACAACCCUCCCUCUUAUAAAAGCACAGUCACCCUUUCUUGGAAGCCUGUACAGAAGGCUGAAGUAGGGCAAAAACGAAUGGCUGAGGAAAACACUUCAUCCCCUCCGAAGAAACAAUCCCCAGCACAAAAACGGGAUACCAGGCAGAUUUACAAUCCACCCAGUGGCAAAUACAGCAGUAAUCUUGGUAAUUUCUCCUAUGAACAACGAGGAGGUUUCCGUGGAGGUAGAGGUCGAGGCUGGGGUGGACGAGGAAAUCGUGGCAGGGGACGUCUCUAUUAGAACGAAAGGCUCCUUCACCAUUGUCCAUUGUGCAGUAGUUACUGUGUAUUAUAAUCUUGGGAUUGCUACACAGCACCUAUAAGAACAGCUAGUAGCCUUCAAAGGAGAAUUCUGUAUUUAAGAAAACCUAAUUCCUAGGAGAUACCUUUGUACAUUUCGAUCUAUGUUUAUAUGUGGGAAUGUGAAACUGUUUUUCCAAGCCCACACAAUUGUUCUGAAAUGUGCUUUUAAUUUCUUUUUCUUUGUUUUAUACUGCAGUUCUGACAUUUAUAAUAAUUGUAGGCUGGAAGGAAUUUUCAAAACAUAAAGCACAGCAACAAUUGACAUUCCAAAAUCCAUCUUGGCAAAAGCAGUAGGAUAAUUUGAAAUAUGGUAGGAAAUUUAUGAGUAACUCUCGUUAUGCUACAUGUUCUCCAACUGGCAGUUUCCCACUAUGUGAUAUAAAAUCUGCAUUUGCAGCAAUAUUUGAAAAUAGUCCUUUUGUGAUCUCUGGCCAGUAUGGGAAAUUUCAAGCCGUUCUGAAUUCCCAGUGCCAUUGUUUAUUUCCAAAUAAAUAUGUGCCGCUAGACAAAGUAGCAUCAUGGUAACAGUUCAUGAGAAGACUCUUGCAGCACUAGCACUUCCAAACUUUGGAUUUCAUGCUCCUCAUGUUGAAAUACCUAACUUUUUAAUUCCCUACAAUAGAAUCCUACUCUGAUAGUAGAUUGGCAGUGGUUUUCAAAGGCUGGCUAACAAUUGAUAGGAACUUCAAAAUGUUUCUUUUCCCCAAUUUCUCUCUCUGGAUUAUGUUUUGCCUUUUCGCAGUAGUUCACUGCUUCCUGAUUGAAAUUGGUGAAUUUAAUUUGUGUCAAAACUAUGGUUAGAAGCACACUGGUAUAGCGGAAUAUUCAUAUACAGUGUGCUCCUCCAUUGGGGCUGGGUCAGGAGUUCUUCUGAAUUUAGGCAGAUGCAACCCAAACUCAGUUCAGUAUGUAUCCUUCGGCAAAUGAAUGGCACUAUCCCUAUUGAUGAACAUAAGACUUCAUGCUGUGAUAAAACUACUUAGUGCUGUGCAGUAUUUACAUAACCUGUUGCAUUUUUAUGAUCUGUGUGGAUUAAUUGUUGAGUGCUAUAGUACUGAAGUACUGUAUUCAAAAAGUACCUGUAGUUUUAAAAAAAGAAUGAUUUGCUUGAUUCCAAA